UCAGACAUGGUACCUUCAAUGAAUGGUCUCUCUGUUGGAUGUGUGUUCUUGCGUGUGAUUGGCCGGAUUGGUGAGGGGGAGGGGCUAAUGUGGCUGGCAGACCCAGAGCAGUCCACAGUCCCUGGCUGAGUUCCUACAACGUGACCAUGAAGAAGAUCGCCUUGGUGAGCAUCUCUUUGCUGAUGCUUCUGACUGACGUCCACGCCAGCGUCCAACCGCAGAAAAACUUUGACCUUCAGAGGUUUGCAGGGAGGUGGUACCGGGUCGCUCUGGCCUAUGAUUCUCCAGGGUUUGUGCGGCACAGAAGCAGACUCACCAUCUCGAUGGGCACAGUGGAGCCCAAGGAGAACGGGAACGUCAACAUGACCAUGUGGAGUUUAGGUUCCUCUGGCUGUCAUUCUAAGGUCUACAUUUAUAAGAAGACGUCUGUGCCUGGCGUCUUCACAUACUACAGCACUCGUCACCGAAGGGUGAAGGAUGUUACUGUGGUGGAGACGAACUACACAGAGUACGCCCUGGUCCUCAAACACAAGAAGUUUAACAAGGAGUUCACACAAGUGGCCCUUUAUGGUCGUACUAAGAAGUUGAGGGCGGACGUGAUGGAGAAGUUCAGAGCGUAUGCCACAGCUCAAGGAUUCCCUAAAGACUCCAUACUGACUCCACCAGCUGCUGUCUUUUUAGAAGACUGUCCUCCUUCAGGAAGUUAGUUCCCAGUCACAUUUAGAGCCGGAGGAAACACAUCAUCAUCAUCAAUGUGCCAGAAUGAUGUCUGUUUGUGACCGUUUGUAAUAUUUUAACUUGAUCUCAUUGUCAUUUGCCGUGCUUAGUUGUUAUAUUUAUAAUAAAACACUGAAUCUAGGUAUGUAUCAUCAUCACGUCUUUGAUGAUCUUCGCUGACGCAAAUAAAACUUUUUAUCUGUUCA